AUGCAAGAAGACACUAAUUUGUCGUACUUUCAUGGAGCGCUGAUGGACCAGGACGCCGACGUAAUGCUUCAGAACGAAGGCGAUUUCUUGAUUCAGUCACGACACUCAAGCCAAGCGAUCAGGCAACGCAUGGUGAUCGCGAUUCGCACCAAAGACUCCAUAAAACGUAUUGACAUUCGACGAAACGAGAACGGAGUUCGGCUAGGAGGCAAAACAUUUCCAAAUUUAAAGAAGAUGGUAGAAUAUUACUCUAAAGAACCAAUAGUAUUACAAGGAGGAGAAGAACUAUUACUUAAAAAAGCCGUUCCCAAAGGAAAAUUCCAACUUGUUCACAGUGAUGUGAGACUUCUUAAA